GUUUGUGUUAGUUUAGUGAACAGUUAUAGUGAAUAUUUUCUAUGACAUAUUAACUGAUUCAUGCAAUGUUUGUUUUUAUAGUUUGAGAUCAAAGAAUUACGGAUUAUUUACUGAUUUAUCUCUAAAGGCCGCGUAAAAUGAAUUUAAGUAACAGUUUUUGGCUGGUCGUUCUGGCUGUUCUCGAAUGUUGUUGGAGGACGAACUCCUCGGAGGUUCCCAAAGACGUUCAAGAUCAAGUAGAAACGAAUCUUUUGUCGCUUUUUGGUUUCAAAGGCCGGCCGAAAAUAGAUAAAUCAAAAGUGGUGAUACCUCAAGCUAUGAUCGAAUUAUACGAAAUGCAGAUGGGGUUUCCCUUAGAUACGACAUCGAUUCCGAGGAGGGGAUGGCACACUAAAAGUGCAAAUACCAUAAGGAGUUUUACACAUGUUGAAAGUCCUGUGGAUACCCGUUUCACGAGUCAUCACAAGUUUCGAUUAAAAUUCGACGUAUCUUCAGUGCCGAAAGAAGAAAAAAUAAAAGCCGCGGAAUUAACCCUCAGCAGAGAAAAGAUCCAUUGGUUAAGCGAAGGUCUAAACGAAGAGGAUUUUCUACAAAGGAUUUUAGUAAGUGACAUAAUCCACCCGGGAAUUAAAGAAAAAAGAAGCGCUAUAACGAGGGUUAUCGAUAGCGUAUUGGUCGAUACGAGGGAAAACACCACCGUUAGUUUGGACGUGUUCCCCGCCGUGCAAAGAUGGUUGAAUAAAAAAAAUAACAACCACGGUUUACUUGUAUCGAUAAAAUCAGUUGGUAAGAAGAUUAAGAAGCCGAAACGUCACGUGCGUUUGAGGAGAAGCGUCCAAGAAGACGAUAGCAGCUGGAACAAUGUUCAACCUAUACUUUUAGCUUAUACAGACGACGGGAAAAAUAGACCAAGGCGCGGGGCAGAGUUAACCCAAAUAAAAAGAAGAAGACGAAACUCUAAGAAGCAUAACCGAUCGAAAAACGAGAAGAGGUACCCGUGUAAUAGGCAUCAAAUGUACGUCGAUUUUCGAGAGGUCGGUUGGAGCGAUUGGAUUGUAGCUCCUCCCGGCUACGACGCUUAUUAUUGUCAAGGAGAGUGUAAUUUCCCUCUAGCGUCGCAUUUAAAUACUACGAAUCACGCGAUAGUACAGACGCUUAUGAAUUCGGUGAACCCCCAGAAGGUUCCGAAAUCGUGUUGCGUACCAACGCAUCUUAAUCCAAUUUCGAUGCUUUAUUUGGAUGAAGACGAAAAGGUUGUUUUGAAAAACUAUAAAGAUAUGGUUGUUGUAGGUUGUGGCUGCCGGUAGUCGAAUUUGUUUGUGACAAUUUUUACGUAACCGCGUCUGUGAUCAUAUUUGAACUUCAAUGCUACCCUACCCUCUAGCACUAAACAUUUAUUGU